CCCCGGUGGUUCCGUCCGUCAUCAGCUUUGACGGCUCCCAUGUUCCACUCUCGCGUAAGGCUGUUUUAAUCCACCGGACUUUGUGGCCGCUCGUGUCGGCAAACUGCUCCACGCUCAUCGUGAUUCUAAAACAAAAGAAAGCAAACAAGAAGAGGAUUAUCUCGUUGGGCCACCGCGUUUUAUGCGAAAUCAGACGGGGGAUCUGUCGGCGAAUUGAAAGGCCCUCGCUCCAUCCCCGGAUUCACCUGCUACACAGAGAGCCCCAACACGGAAGACCGACAUGGGGGACACCGGGAGCGAGGGCAGCAAGCCCCCGAGUAAUGUCAACGUUGUGCCGCCGCGCUGUCCCUGUGGUUUCUGGGGGUCCAGCAAAACGAUGAAUCUGUGCUCCAAAUGUUUUGCAGACAUUCAGAAGAAACAGCCAGAUGGUGCCUCAAAAGCCUCUUCAAGCCCCAGCAGUAGCAGUCAAGCAGACGUGUUCUGCAGUGAAACAAACAAAGGCAUCGGUCAGUCCUUCAUAGCCAUGUCAGACUCCUCCGAUGAUCCUUUGCCAGGAGAUGCAGCGGUAACCUCUCUACCUGCUCAGGACGAAGUAUGCAGCACAGACACAGCCUUCAGCUCACUCUCCACUCCGACAAAACGCUCCUUUGAAUCAGCCUCCGAGUCAGAAAGUGACAGCUCUCCUGAGAAGCGAGCGAGAGUGGGUGAAGUGCCGGCGGCUGAGGAGUCGUCAUCGUCGUCGUUGUCAUCAUCUUGUUCCGCGUCAUCAUCAUCAUCCUCUGCGUCGUCUCGCGACGGCUCCAAACAGCGGAGCCGCAAGCGUUGCCAUCGCUGCCAAACCAAACUGGAGCUGGUGCAACAAGAGCUGGGCUCCUGUCGCUGUGGUUAUGUCUUCUGUAUGCUCCAUCGGCUCCCGGAGCAACACGACUGUCUUUUUGAUCACCUUGGCAGCGGGCGCCAGGAGGCCGUUCUCAAAAUGGUCAAACUGGACCGAAAAGUAGGCCGCUCCUGCCAGCGCAUCGGAGAGGAGUGCUCUUGAGCGUCGCCCAAGAGAGAAUCUUUACACAAAAGCCCUAGCAGGGAUUUCUUUUUUUUUUUUUUUUUCCUCCUCCCUUCUCUUUUUUUUGUACAGUCUAUUCAUUUAAAAGGAUGCUCGCUCUCUUUAAAUCCCAUUUAUCCACACUCAUCCCAGACUUUUUGUGCUUCUGUCAGCUUGAUUGUAUCCCUGCUGCUAAACACAAUCCCAGUUCACAAAUGAAAGCCAGAGAGAGCAAAAGGACUAUUCAAUUCUUUGCCCCCCCCCGCCUCCCCUCCAGAAUUCAGACGUGUGAGUGGACUAACAAAUGAGCAGAAGCAUUAUGAGGACAAAUGAUACAGACGUUUGUCCAGGAUGUUGGUUGAUGAUGAUACCUCAAAGAAAAGAGAAUAUGAUGAUGAAGAGGGCAAGUGAGAGUUUUGAAUCUCGUUACCUCAACAAGAAAUCAUCCACAACUGCUUGUUUGACCGAAGCAAGACGUACAACUGUGGGACUCUGCCGCCUCUAAUAAUCCUAACCAACCUGGUCAUUACCCACCUCAGGAUAUGGAAACUUCUUUUUUCCAAGCUCCUCUUUCUGUAUUUCCAUUUAGGAUUUUUGUCCAAGCAGGACAUCCAAUCUGCAAGUCUUGAGUUUGACUCAAAUGCCAUCAGGCUGUCUUUUAUUAUUUUGGGACUGAGUAAGACAUGUGUUGUUGUUCAACGAAAAUCAUUAUUUCUUUCAAGCAAAAAAAAAAAAAAGGAAAUAAAAAGGUAAAAUUAUUUGAAAAUACAUGGUUUUCAUUGAACACUGAUAUGAUUGUCUUUUUGUCCGUUUUGGUAAAAACCUUCCUAUUAUAUCCCACACAUUGUAUUAAGUUGUCUGUGUUUCAUGACAGCCUGCAUUGUACUUCCUCUUCCAGCGUUUUGACACUUUUGUAAAUACACACUUUGCCGUUUGCGCUACGUUGACUAAUGCUGAGCUGUUUUGACUCGGCGGUUCCUCUCUUUGAGGGUUUUGGUGGUGGUUCAGCUUAUUAUUUUGGUUAUACAUAUUUUUAAAGGUCUUCACUUCAUGAGCAGGGUUAUUGGGUUUUUCAUUCUUCCACCUUCAGGUACUUAAUCGGUCCUCAGUAUUGGCCAGUGUUUUGAUUUCUAACUAAUCUUGUUGAAGAUACUCUAUUUGUUCUCUUUUUGCUCUCUGCUGCCUCUCCUCCCUCUUCCUAGAUGAGGCGCAGCAAAUAGUAAAUCCUCCUGUUAAAAAAAA